CAGAAUGGUUUCACUCCACUGUAUAUGGCAGCCCAAGAAAACCACCUGGAGGUUGUUAAAUUUCUUCUUGACAAUGGUGCCAGUCAAAGCCUUGCCACAGAGGAUGGUUUCACGCCUUUGGCAGUAGCUUUGCAACAAGGUCACGACCAGGUGGUUUCACUGCUGCUUGAAAAUGAUACGAAGGGAAAAGUCCGUCUUCCUGCCCUUCACAUCGCAGCUCGCAAGGAUGAUACGAAGGCAGCGGCUCUGCUCCUGCAAAAUGACCACAAUGCUGAUGUGGAGUCAAAGAGUGGGUUCACUCCCCUCCACAUAGCUGCUCACUAUGGAAAUAUCAAUGUAGCUACGUUGCUGUUAAAUCGGGGUGCUGCUGUGGACUUCACUGCAAGGAAUGAUAUCACACCAUUACAUGUUGCAUCGAAGAGGGGAAAUGCAAAUAUGGUCAAACUCCUACUUGAUCGAGGAGCUAAAAUUGAUGCCAAAACAAGGGUAAGCUCAAAUGUGAACGCUGUGAGUGAUUGUGUGGAAUUCUUUCCUCCGACCUGUUAGUUGCUGUACAGCUUAAAUAAUUCAUCUUCCUGGCAGGCUACCAUAGCUGCACUGUGUUUCUUUUCUAUAAAAUGGUUGCAGUAGGAUGCUAACAAUCUACAUCUCUUAAAGCAGUGUGUGAAACACCAUGUAUGGCAAAGCUCAGAACUAGCAAUUUUCCGUGU